CAGAAACGUAACAAGGCAUACCGUUCCUUAAAUGUUGAGAGAACAAAACAACUCAAACGUUCUCCAGUGGUUGUACGAUUACCUCCACACAACAUUGUGUAGUUGUUUUUGAUUAAUGUAAUUUUAUCUGAGCCUACAAAAACAUACUCCUACUCCACAUUUGGAACUUGUUAAAGAACAAAACUACAACUUUAGGGCAGAAUCCUGCAUUCAACCCAUUGUAAAGAUGCUAUUUUUGAUGCAGUAAGACCCAUGAUGCAUUGCGUUUCCACGUCACACUUUCAAUCCCUAUAGGGUAGGGAUCCCCAUGUGCUGUAUGUUGGCCUAUUUGUUAAUUUUCUACCAUUUAUCCUGAUGAAUUGGAGCCAAUCCCACCUGCCACCCUGAACAGCAACCCCUGUGAUUAAUCUGAUUAAAAAUUUAGUGUAUUUGGUUGGUAUGUGAGCAUAUGUACCGUAUUUGCCUUGUGAAAUGGAACAAGGUCUUAACUCAUUCUUCUUCUAUGCCACAUCAAUGUGGAAUGCACUCCCAACAGGUGUAAAAGUAAGUGCAUCUCUAUCCUCCUUCAAAACCGCACUAAAACAACACCUCCAGGCAACUUCAACCCUUUACUAACACCCUCCCCCAUCCACAUCCCAUCUCCUUGGAUUGUAAAUAACCAAAUGUAAAUAAUCAAAUGUAUUUCUAAUGUGUAUACUUGUUCUUAUGCUAUCUGAACUCACUAUGUUCUCUGCUCCCUGUACGUAUCCUACUAAGUCAGACCUACACUGUUUCAAUGUCCAUUUCUCUGAUGAUGCAAUUGUUGAUGACUGAAGUGCUGAUAUCAACCAAACCCUCCUCAUCCCACCCCCCGGAUUGUAUUUAAUAUUCGGACGGUUGUGUACGCGAGCGCAGCCACUUAUUGAACAUCACCCUGACCAUGCAUCGUCUCCUAAUGUCCUCCAGUGAUCUUCUGGAUAAACUCACCGCUCUAUUUAAAACGGCCAUGGACAACGAGCAGCCAGAAGAAUGCCAAAGGAUAUGCUACCUCAUCAGGCAUUGGAUUCAGGAAUUCUGGAUGAUGUUCAGGUUGCACCACAGCUUGUCAGACAGCUUGGACCAACUCCGAGAUCUGAUCAUGGAGCAUGGACAGGAGCAUCUUUACUCUCUUCUAGAGACCAAAUGGAUAAAUGAACGGGACUGGUCAUGGAAGGCCAGCCAGAAGAUCAAAGCUAACAGCAGCAAAAAGAGAAAAGUCUCUCUUCUUUUUGACCACCUGGAGCCCAUUGAACUGGCUGAGCAUCUCACCUUCCUGGAGUUUAAAUCAUUCUGCAGAAUAUCAUUUGUUGACUAUCAGAAAUACAUACGCAACUGCUGCAUGAAGGACAUCCCCUUGAUGGAACGUUCCAUCGCCUUGUGUAACGGCGUCUCCCAGUGGGUUCAGCUGAUGGUGCUGAGCAGGCCCACUGCUCAGUUGAGAGCUGAGGUUUUCACCAAGUUUAUCCACGUGGCACAGGUUUUACACCUCAUGCACAACUACAACACGCUAAUGGCAGUGGUUGGAGGGCUUUGUCACAGCUCCAUAUCAAGACUGAAGGACACCACCUCCCAUGUACCCAAUGAAGUCAUCAAGGUGUUAAAUGAAAUUACAGACCUGCUGUCCUCCUGUCGAAACUUUGAUAACUACAGACAGGCAUUCAACAAGUGUGCAGGUUUUAAAAUCCCCAUCCUUGGGGUUCACCUCAAAGACCUCAUUUCAGUCAACGAGGCAAUGCCGGACUAUGUGGAGGACAAUAAAGUCAACGUCCAGAAGCUCCAGGCGCUCUACAGCCACAUUAACGAGCUGAUCCAGCUCCAGCAGAUCCCCCCUAAGCUGGAUGCCAACAAAGACCUCGUCCACCUGCUGACGCUGUCCUUGGACCUUUACUACACCGAGGAUGAAAUCUAUGAACUCUCCUAUGCUCGGGAGCCCAGACACUGUAAAACCACUCCAGCCACCCCCUCUAGACCUCCAGUGGUUGUGGACUGGGUAUCAGGAGUUGCUCCCAAACCUGACCCCCGAACCAUCAGCAAGCACGUGCAGAGGAUGGUGGAUUCCGUGUUUAAGAACUACGAUCACCACGAGAACGGCUUUAUUUCUCAAGAGGACUUUGAGAAAAUUGCUGCCAGUUUCCCCUUCUCCUUCUGUGUCAUGGACAAAGAUAAAAAGGGUCUUGUCAGUAGAGAUGAGAUCACAGCUUAUUUCAUGCGUGCCAGUGUCAUCUGCUCUAAACUGGGCCUGGGCUUUGUCCACAACUUUCAGGAGACGACUUAUAUGAAGCCCACCUUCUGCGACAAUUGCUCAGGAUUUCUGUGGGGCGUCAUCAAGCAAGGCUAUAGAUGCAAAGACUGCGGGAUGAAUUGUCACAAGCUGUGCAAGGACCAGGUGGCCUUUGAGUGCAAGAAGAACACUAAAGUGAACAAUAACACCACUGACAGUCCUACGCCUUGCCCCACAACUGUGACCACGGGAACUUCUGAGGUUUCAGACAAAUGUCCUUUCCAGUACUUGUCUGAUGACAGCAAAGAGUGGCGCUCUGACUCUCCAGUCACCUCACAUUUGGAGAUAAACAGGGUCCACAGCGCCACCCAGACAGAGGGACCACCGCUGUCCCCUGAAGCCGCUUGGCCUCAUCCGUCCCUUUUUGUCCUGGUGCCCCCAACUUCGCCGACAUGUCCCAGCCCACUGCUCCAGAGGAAACAGCGACACUGUGCUAAAUGGGAGAACCGAGCUUCGGUUGUGCAGAAGCCCAGGGAGCCCGAAGAAGAAUACAAUCAACGAGUCAGCGAAACCCUUCAAUCAGAGAACCAAAGGCUCCAGAAAGCCAACGAGACACUACACAGGAAGUUAAAUAAGGCAGAGCAAGAGGUGGAGGUGUUAAAGACGCUGCUGAAGAGACACACACUUCAUCCUGUGGAAGAGGACGACAACUCCUAAAUUGAUCAAGUAGUGUGUGUACAUAUCAUGAGAUCGACAUGUGUGGUCUGUAUUCACCUGGCGGUCCAGAUUGAAUAAACAGUACAGUGCAACCUCAAAAUUUAAAUACUCCAAAUUUGGACCUACAUUUUUCUCAAAUGUAAAACAAGACUAUCCUUGAGCAUGACGUCAUGUGACAUGCCAACAAAUCUCAUGAGCGUUUGAACUUUUUCAUUGGCUUUUUUGUGAUGCCAAUACAGAAGAUGACAGAGAGCUUAUAGUAAGGUAGUAAAGUAUCUGGGUGCUAAACAAUUAUAUAUUUAGCAUUGUUUUUAUUAUAUAUCAUUUGUUUUCUUUAUAUGUUACAGGAAACAGUGUUGUGUUGGCCAGAAACAAUAGUUUUAUUCAUUUACUGUAUGUUUUAAAGUUGAUAACUUGUUUUUUUACACUUGAAUGAUAUUGUAGUUAUAGUGAGAAUGUUACUUAAAACAUCACCUGUACAGUUAACACAGUUUUUUUUAAAUCAUUGGUAUUUAUUUUUUCGACAAAAUCUUUUUUUUAAAUGUCGUAAAAGUCAACCAGCGACCUUUGUAGGUUCCACUGUACUGUAAGACUUUGAUAAACAUGAAACUGAAUGCAUACGCCAGUCAAGGUAUUUAGGAACUUAGAAGGAUGUUUACCAGUAAAAACACAGAUUCAUGAUGAUAAGCAAAUAAGAAUAUUGUAUGAUGUCCAUAGAACAUAUGUAUUAGUGUAAAUAUAGUCAUUAAGAAUGGCGCCUAAUGAUAAUUUUUGCAUCCUUUCCAUGUUCGUUGUCUGAAACACUACACAGUUCAAGACAUAUUUUUUGUACAUUGGUCCGUACUGGUCAAUGUUGUUGUUUUUUGCUUAUGAGGAGUUUAUUGAGCAGCCUUUUGUGUCAAUGCUCUGCAGUCUGAUACUAGGCGGUGGCAUCCUCGGCAUCUUUUUGGUCAGUAUUGUGAGCUUGUUGAAAGUAAAUUUUGGGAACUCAGUAAGAAA